UCACGUCCUAUAACAUUGCGUUUCCCUUUGUGCGAUGUAGUUUGAAAACUAUUUAAUUAUUUUAAUUCCAGUCGAGUUUAUAUCGCGAGUCUGAAAUAAAUAAUAGUUGAAAUGAGGUUUCUUCUGCUUUUUGUCUUUGGGAGUUUCGCCACUUCAUCAGUUGCGCUGAGUCAAGUGCGAGUGAAAGUACCAGACGCAGUGCUGUAUGGAGAGCCGGCAGUGCUCCAUUGUUUCUACGAUCUUGAGACUGAUUCGCUAUACUCCGUCAAGUGGUACAAGGGCCAGCAAGAAUUCUACAGGUUUACUCCCAGAGAGAACCCUCCUGUGAAGAUAUUUCCCAUACAUGGAAUGCCUCAACUGCAAGUCCAGGAGGUCAAGUCUAAUGCCACCCAGGUGACGCUUCGCAAGGUGUUGCCAGUUAUGUCCGGCCACUACAGCUGUGAAGUGUCAGCUGAUGCUCCGUCCUUCCAAACUGCUUUGGUCACCGGCAAAAUGAAAGUCGUCACUCCACCUCGACACUCGCCCUCCCUGCAUGGUUUGAGGCCGAGGUACAGAGUCGGGGAAAGACUCAGGGUCAACUGUACAUCAGCUGAGAGUCUUCCAGCUGCCAACCUAUCUUGGCUCAUCAAUGGACAUCAGGUGGAUGAACGACAUGCCAGAGUUUAUCACACAGUUAGUGGUGGACUGGGAGACCUGGAGACUGUGACUAGCAUACUUGAAAAGUCUCUGGUAUCACAAGACUUCAACAGCAAUAGUAGACUAAAAAUUCGCUGCACUGCCAGUAUACUGAGCGUGUAUUGGAAAACAACAGAAAAAAGUGCAGAGUUAGAGAGGCCAAAAGAUCCCCGAAAGGAACAUCAGCCACAACAUUCACAACCGAGCGUUCUGCUGAACCUUAAAACUGAUGUCGGGACCAUAGCUGAUGUCAUGGAACAUGAACCUACAAGAGUGACUGUAUUCCAGUCUUCUAGUGGAUGCAUUCUCACCCCUUUUGUCUUAUGGCAACUCCUCAACUCUAUCUCUUGGACAAUUCGCAUGUUCCAAUACAGUUUUACGCUGACAUAAGACUUGAUUCUUAUGAUUUUGUUGUACCUGUGAUGUGUAGAGUAAAGACUGUUAGAUGAAAACGUCGUUGAUGUUAACAUUAGUAAAUAUUGCUUUGCCAGCUAUUUUUCCAGUAAAAAAAUUGACUUGUGUUCAGUGCCGGAUUUACCAUCAUGCCAACUGCGCCACAAGUGAAAGUGUAAUAGCCAACUGCAAAAGGGCAACUGAGCCGCAGUGUUUUGUACAAAAACUAUUUUCUUCAAAAGUUUUAUUUUCAAAGAUUAAUAAUUGGACACGGUGCGGACAGCGAUGAUGAUGAUUGUCGAAGAUGUUCAAGAUUUCACCGCGGUUGCAAGGGAAGUCCACCUAAGGAGUAGGGGUCAGAUUAAUUUGGCUUAAGGCUGCAAGUACCCUAAAUCCGGCACUGCUGCUUGUGUACAUUGUGAGCUAAGGGUCAUUUCAAUGUGUUCUAUGUGUGUAAAAACUAACCCGAUCGAAAAUUGUUGUCAUUGAAUGUUGAAUGUAGCUUAUUGAAUUCAAAAUAUUUGAAUUUUAUGGUAAUAACAUUGAGUGUAAUAAAAUACUAUUUUGAGCCAAAAAGAUAUUCAAAGUUUAAAAAUUAAAUAAUAAUGUAAUAUUUUAAAAGCAUUUGAAGCAAACAAAGGCCAAAAGCUUUCUAGUUAAUUAAUGGCAAAAUGUGUAUUACUUUGCAGUAUUAUUGGUAAACUUAUAGGAAACAGGGGAAUUUUGAACUAUGAAGUAUUCUGAAUGACUUUGUGUGAUGUAUGUUUACUACAUUGAAAUGUAUGUGAGAAUGAAAUAAGACUGAUAUUUAUGAUUGUAACCGAUGCAUGUAAAAAAAUUUACUACUAUUUAUUUACCACUAUAUAACUUGAGCAGUGUAUUAAUAUAAGUGUGACAAUAUCAGUAUCUUGUAUGUAAUGAAUAGUAGUCCUUCAGAUGACAUUAAGCACUCAAUCAAGAAAAUAUGAUAUAGGAUGGAAUUUUUAAUGGAUUUUUAUGAUGAUGAAAUAUCUGUAAGUGCCACUAUAAUAGUUUUGUUAACUUUUUACUAAUAUGAACAAUACUUUUUAGCACAUUAAAUCAUGGAAUGAAAAGAUCAGUGCAUUAUAUGUCAAUUA